AUGCUUAAAGCGGAGUGUAGACGCUGCAAGCUGCAGCCGGAGCCGGCCGCAGCAGCUUGGGCUUCCGAGAGCUUCACGGAGAAAUCGUGCUCCUCUCCGUUCUGCCGGUUGCGGGGCGGCGCAGCUGCGAGAGGAUCGACAGGCGAGAAGGAGGCGAAGCUACGCGAGAGUCCGAAUCAAGUCGCGCGAUUCGCUUCUUCUCAUCUUCAAGUCUUCUCAGUCUUCGCUGUGCUGGGCCUGGCCUCGGGCAGUUCGGGGUACGCCCGGCGCGCCCAGCAGCUGCGCUGCACUCACCUGGUGGAGAGCGAGGACUUCGGGGCCUUCUUCUUCAUGCCCAACCCCAAGUACCACUGGACACCCGAGGCCGCCUUCAACGAGGAGCGCAAGGCACGCUUCGUGGCCUGGUGGAUCCACCCGGAGCUCUGCCCGAUGCUGCGAGCCUGGACCAGCCGCUGUGGCGACGAGAGCGAAAGUCGGAAGAGCGAUGGAGGUGCCAACACCGAGGCCGGUGUGGGAGCCCCGGGAGACUUCGGCUACUCUGAGAUGCUGAAGUCAUCGGACUACUUGCACACCUGCCGGGAUCUAUGUGGAGCCACACAUGUCAGGAUGCUCGAGGCGCUGGUGCAAGGGAUCAAGACCUACUUGGAACGGAUGUUCGGUGAUGCUCUCGCGGCAGCGCACGUGUCAGCAGGCUUCCACUAUCCAGUGCGGCCUCAGUACAGCACGCUGCAUUUGCAGAUCCGAGUGAACGCCGGCGACGUCUGCCCAGGCGAGGGCCGCGGCGUCGACCUCUUCAGGCUGCAGAACAGGUUGAAGUCCGACCCCGAGUGCUUCCAACGAGACGACGAGACGCUCUUCUACGAGGCCACGGCGAACUUGAGGAUGGCCCUGCUGAAAGCCUGCGACAAGGCGCCGAGCUCCUGUCGGACUCGCGAGGUGGGGCCCAAGAGUUUGGUCUUGGGCGACUCGUAA